UGUUGCUGGGUCCUCUACUUUCUUUUUCACUUUGAUUACUACCAAACUGAAUCUUUAUCUCUCUCUUUCACUUCUCUUUGUUAAUUGGGCCCUUUGUUUCUCUGAAAACCAUGGCUGUUUUGUCUAUGAACUUCAAUUCACUCCCUUUAGGCUUUAGAUUCAGACCAUCAGAUAAAGAACUAGUAGAUUACUACUUAAGACUCAAAAUCAAUGGUGAUGAUGAUGGAGUUAAAGUUAUUCGUGAAAUUGAUGUCUGCAAAUGGGAACCUUGGGACUUACCAGAUUUGUCGAUCAUAAAGAACAAGGAUCCAGAGUGGUUUUUUUUCUGUCCAUUAGACAGGAAGUAUCCAAAUGGGUCGAGGCAGAAUAGAGCAACAAAUGCUGGGUAUUGGAAGGCGACUGGUAACGAUAGGAAGAUAAAGUCUGGAAAUAAUUUGAUUGGAAUGAAGAAGACUCUUGUUUUUUAUACUGGACGCGCUCCUAAGGGGAAGAGGACUAAUUGGGUCAUGCAUGAGUAUCGUGCUACUGAGGAGGAGCUUGAUGGAACUAAACCUGGCCAGAGUUCCUUUGUCCUUUCUCGUUUGUUUAAGAAACAAGACGAGAGCAUUGAAAGUCUGAACUGUGAUGAAGCUGAAGCUACUGUUUCAUCUCCGACCAUGGUUCAAUCGUCUCCGGAAGUUACACAAUCUGAUCAACCACUGAUUGAAGCAUCUCCAGCAAAUACAACUUCUGAGGUUGGAGCACCAGUGGAAUUUCAAAGCAACAACUUUGGUGUCUGUGAUGGAGGAGGUCAAUCUGUUGGUCUGGGAGCUUCUGAGGGGGAUUUACCAGUGGAAGAAGCCCUAAAUUGGUUUAUUGACUCCCCGCCAGAGCCUCUAGAUUACAAAAUCUUUUCACCACUGCACGUGCAGGUCCAAUCAGCAAUGGGAUCUUCCUCCAUGUUUUAUCCCGGCAACAAUGAAUUGAGCGCCAGUAAUACAGGGCUGCAAUUUAAUAAUGGUGCAAAUGAAACGGAUGCCGAUACUUCUGAUUUCGUUGAUUCCAUACUUCAGCAGCCAGUUGAGUUCUCACAUGGGGAGUCUAGCAUUCAGAACAUUUCAACAAUCCCACACGAGAGCCUUAAGAGUGUGGUCUUUGUUAAGGACUCUGGAUCUUACAGCGGCUCAGAUGUUGAUCUGGCAACAAUUAGAGUGAGUGGAAACUACCACACUGCUUCUGCAUGUUGCAUGAUUCAGCAAGAGUUUCAGGGCGCUGACCUUCUUGAAGGGAAUGUUGACCAGAAGCCUUCUUCAAGUCUGUUUUCUGUUAGUAAUGCGCAUCAGCAGCAGAUCAAUCUGGGUCUGUUACAAAAUGAACCUUAUGAACAGAAAAGUUUAGCGUCAAUUUCUGCCACAGACCAGUUCAAUAACCUUAACAAAGGAAGCAGCAAUACAAAUCAAGUUGGUGGUAGUGACAUUGAUUGGGAUGGAAUCAGGAUCAGGCCUCGCAAUCCACGACGAAAUCAACAAUUUGACAGGAACCUCAAUAUGCAAGGUGAUGCAUCGAGAAGAUUUCUUCUGCAGAGUAAGCUCCAAGCUCAUUUCAGCACAAAGUCUGGAGAUUUGAGCUCUGAAGAAGUUGAAUCUGAGUGUAUUGUGACAAAGGAUGCCAAAGUUACAGAAAUGGAAACUCCUGUUUGUGGUGGUGAUAAUGGCAUUGAUGAACAGCACAAAUCUUCCCUUGUUGAAGUUAGUGAAAGCCUUAUAGACACGAAGAAUAAUUGUUCUAUACUGAGCAAGGUUUCAUCUAUGUUCUCGAAGGCUUCUUGUGCUCGCAAUUCCUUCUGGCCAAAUACAAUGUUCAGGGUAGCUGUCUUCGCGGUUUUGUUCGCAGUCGUAGUGAGCAGAUGGAGACACUUUAUUCUCAAUACUGCAUAGGGACCUCAUCUCCGUGCAGUUUUCCCACUUUAGUUUUUUGUUUUUUGGGGGUGGGAUCGCAAAUUAAGGUUAUUGGAUAGAUUUUGUAGGUCACGCUAUUCAUGUAUAUUAUCUCAACUAGUUAGCUGACUUAAAAUAUAUAUUCAGGCUGAAUCCUACCUGUGUAUAAAUGACAUUUUACUGGUUCGAGCCUUUUUGUAUAUCUUAUUUGUAGAGAGGCUUUAUUUAAUGACUAUAUGGACAUCUUUUGGUGUUCGAAUAUUUAUGGAAUAA